AUGGCUUACCUUCCAUCUUUUAUUUUGAGUGACGAAUCCAAAGAGCGCAUUACCAAGAUCUUCAACUUGUCGCAAACCGUUGCUCAUUACGGAUGGCUACCUUUUGUGCUAUACUUGGGGUGGGCCCACACCUCUAACAGACCAAACUUGUUUAGUCUUUUGAGUCCUUUGCCAAGCGUGUAA